AUGUCCACCCGGUGUCUGUCCUCUGGCUACUCUCCGUUGUUCACUUGGGGUCUCCUGCAAACAUCCCCAGAGACCGUCCCCCUCGACGAUGUCGACGACGACGACCCAUCUGCCUAUUACUUCACACUGCGGACGGGCAGACGCGACACGGUCGAGUUGCGGUCAUUCCUGUAUCUCGAUCUAGCAAGCAGCUCUGCCAGGUCCAUAGCGGCUCAGACGCAGCGAAGUCGUCAACAGACCUCUCACAAGCGGAAAACUUCCAUGUUGUCGCGAUCGACCAGUUGGACAUUCUGUACCUCAGAACUGAACAGCGAUUUCAUACUCCUGCUGACGUACCUGCACAGCCGACGUGAGAGGCAUAUCGCAUUCACUCCUAAACGUGUUCCUCCUCUCCCUCCUAAGCUUGCUGUGCCGGUCGUGUCACGGCGACCUUCGCGAGAGUCAUUGCGAAAUAUACCCUCUCCGAAGCCGGUGCCAUUGACGUCACUCCCAGAACCUCCGGCAGUGUCCUCAUCGGCAGGUACGACUUUACUGCCCAACAACCCUCCGAGCGCAGAGUCGCAGCCGCCUUCCCCCUUGCCGUUGCAGAAGGGAGCGAGGACAGCACCUCCGAGCCCAUCACACUCUGGACUGCGUCGCGCGUCUUCACCUGCGCGCUCAGAAAGUAUCACUUCAUCAGCCAGAAUGCGGAGUAGAAUGGAUGCGUUAGCUUGUCUAGAAGGUAGGGGGAGAUUGGGAUUGCGGGGCCGUGGGCGUGGAGAUGGACGCAGAAAGAGUAACUUCAUGAGUAUGAGCGAUGGCGAGGACGAAGAGGGCGACGGCGAGGGCAACCGACAGGAUACAGUUGUUACUUGCCCUGGGGGUGAGGAGAUGCGGAUUGCGCCGACCAUUUCUGCAUCCUCCCCUGUAGGCAAUGUUGUCGGAGCUUCAUCUGCCUCCACAGCCAUGUCUCGCGGACGCAAACGACGGAGUACGCUUGAAUCAUGGUUUCCUCUGCGUAGUUUCAUCGAUCUGAAGGCCGAUUCGGAGGAGCGCGUGUCUUCGUGGAAGUGGAGAAGUUUUAUCGAGAUUGGCGUUGCCUGA